CCAAACUGGCGGCCGCCAUUUUGAGGCAAUGUUUACAGUGUGAAGGUGAAAAGUGAUUUAAUUUGUCUACUUUAAAUCGAAAGGACUCUGGUUGUAUUCCUAUACAUAUAUAAAGAGACAGGAAAAAUGCCUCCAACUGGUAAAGGAGAUGCUGUGGAUAUGCCUUCUGUUCAGUUAGCAAGUGCUGAAGGUGAUUCUAUCAAGGUCUACGUAAGAGUACGACCACCAGCAAAGAACACAGAAUUGUUUACAGAUGGAAAUCAAGGACUGUGUUUGGCAGUUACAUCAUCAACUACUAUUCGUCUUAAUUCAAAACCAGAUCCCAAGAUCUUCACAUACGAUCACGUGGCUGAUAUGGACACCACUCAGGAAGCAGUGUUUUCAGCUGUGGCUCGGGGCAUUAUUGAGUCCUGCAUGAAUGGAUAUAACGGUACAAUUUUUGCCUAUGGACAAACUGGCUCGGGAAAGACAUUCACAAUGUUGGGUCCAUCUGAUGAUUCUGAUAACUUCACUCAUAAUUUGAGAGGUGUAAUCCCUCGCAGUUUUGAAUACCUCUUUUACUUGAUCAAUCGGGAAAAGGAAAAGACUGGUGAAGGCAAGGAUUUUCUCUGCAAGUGCUCCUUUAUUGAGAUUUACAAUGAACAAGUAUUUGAUCUGUUAGACCCUGCUUCAACAGGUUUAUUUCUUCGAGAAAAUAUUAAAACUGGGGUCUUUGUCGAAGGGGUAGUCGAGCAAGUUGUAACUUCAGCAGCUGAGGCAUAUCAGGUGUUAUCCAUGGGUUGGCGGAACAGAAGUGUAGCUUCGACCUCGAUGAACCGAGAGUCAUCACGGUCUCAUGCUGUCUUCUCAGUUACAAUACAAUCAAAGGAAAAGAUCAACAACCUAGUUAACAUCCGAACAUCGCAGCUGAACCUGGUUGACUUGGCAGGGUCAGAACGACAGAAAGAUACACAUGCUGAAGGGCUUCGGUUAAAGGAAGCAAGCAGUAUAAACCGAUCACUGAGUUGUCUGGGACAUGUUAUUAUGGGCCUUGUUGAUCUGGCUAAUGGGAAAAGUCGCCACAUCUGUUACCGAGAUUCUAAACUGACAUUCUUGCUGAGGGACUCUCUUGGAGGAAAUGCAAAGACUUAUAUUAUUGCAAAUGUGCAUCCUGGGUCACGGUGUUUUGGUGAAACACUCUCCACCCUUCAGUUUGCUCGUAGAGCAAAGCUAAUCAAAAAUAAAGCCAUUGUAAAUGAAGAUACGCAAGGCAACAUUGCCCAGCUACAGGCAGAAAUCAAGAAGCUGAAAGAACAGCUUUCUGAUCUGUCGAAAGGACGAAUGUCACAGUGGUCAGAGGCGAGGAGAGAUGCUGAUUCUGUGGAGGAAAGUGAAGUAGAUGACAGUGAAUGGAAGAAUCGCUUUUUGGAGGCAAUGCUUCUUUGGGAGAACAGUGAGAGUCAAAACCAGAACCUGAAGGAAAAAGUUGGUCAACUUAAGGAUGUGUGUGACAAAAAGGAAAAGAUACUUCAAUCAAACAAGAUGAUCGUGAAAUUCAGAGAAACCACCAUAGCACGUUUGGAAAAGGUCCUGAAGGCAUCUCAAGAAAGCCUACCUUCUGAUGAAAAGGAUGCAGUAAUCAAUGAACUGAGAGAAGAAAUUCAAACUUUAAAAGAACAGAUUGAACAAGACCCUCGGGUUGCCAGUUAUGCAAUGGAGAAUCGUGCAUUGCGGGAAGAAAACAAAUACUUAAACUCCUUGGACAGUGUGAAACGUGCUAAGGAUAUUACUUCAUGCAUGGCAGCAGAAUUGGAAAGGGCAUUUUUGCAAGCCUCUAUUUCUGAUAAAAGUGCUGGAGGUCUGACCUCAUACCAGUCACCUAUCAAAGUUGAAAACGUUUCUGCAGCAUCACAAGAAAGGCUUAAAGCUCGACUUCUACAAGCGCAGAAUGACAUCUCUUCUGUUAAACAGGAAUAUGAAGAGUUUCAGGAACUGACUAAGAAGAGACAAAUGGAGUUGGAAUCAGAGGUCCACACUCUUCAAAAGGCCAACCAGCAUCUAGAAAAUAUUUUGGAGACGACUAAAGCUCUCACACGUCAGGAAGUCUCCCAGCUAAAUAGGAUGCAUGUUGAGACAAUCAAGAAUUUGACCACUCCAACAAAGUCUAUUUACAAUCUACGACCUCGAAUGAUUCUACGAAUGAGUCCCGAAGGAACACCUGGUCUCUGUGCAGAAAUGGAGUCAGGAACUCCAGAAGGUGAUAUAAUGAAUGAGACUUUGCCACCUGAAAUGAAUGAACAGGCUUAUGAAGCAAUUGCAGAAGAGCUUCGAAUGGUGCAAGAGCAGUUGUCUAAUCUGCAGACUAAGCUAGAUGAAGCAGAGAGCAAAAAUGUAAAACUUCAACAGAACAUUGACAAACUGGAACAUCAUUCUGCUCAAAUGAAUGAGCUCAUCAUUUCUGAACGGAAUGAUAGAAACAAAGACCAACAGGAGCUGAUUAUGAAGAAUGCAUUUUUUGAGAAAGAGCUGCAGGAUUGUCAGAAUAAAAACGAGAUAUUACAGAGUGAAGUAAAUGACUUGCGUGUUGUGCUGCAUUCAGCUGACAAAGAGCUUACCACUGUAAAGGAAGAAUAUAGCUCCUACAAAAUUAAACAAGAUGCAGAGCAUAAUCAUCUUUCUGAGCAGUUCAUAAAUGUCCAGUUACAGUUGGAUAACAUCAGGCUGGAACAUGAGGGAGUUCUCGAAGAGAAGAGGUCGCUCCAAGACUCUUAUGAUAAUCUACAGGAAGUUAUGGAGUAUAAAGCAUAUGAAACUGACCGUCUGCAUGAGAAUUUAGAACAGAUGAAGGUAGAAAAUGAAGAGUUACGAACAGAAACUUGUUCUUUAAUGGAGCAUUUAGAGACUGAAAAAGAACGAACUCGAAAACUUGCUUCGCAACUUCAACAAGACAUUGAAAACAAUUCCAAGGAGCUUUUGAAGGCCUUGGAUGAAAAAGAUCUGUUGAAGCAACAGUUUUCUGGUCUAAUGUUGAAGACUGAACAUCAGGCAAUGGAACUGAAAAAUAAGGAGCAGAGCCUGAAUGAUGCAAAAAAGACAAUCGCUGAUCUAGAGAAGAAGAAUGCUGCUGACCAGCAAGUUGUAACAGUCCUGAUGAAUCAAAUACAGGAAACGAGAAAUUCAUACAGCCAGAAAACAGAGACUGUAUCUCUCUUGACUCAGGAAUUGGAGGAUAUCAAGUUGAAAUACAAUGCUGCUCUGGUUGCUAAGGAAGAAAACAAAGCUUUUAUUGAAAGAAAGGAGAAAGAAAUCUUGGAAAUGAAAGAGGCUGUAGAGAGGAAAGAGAAUUCAUGUAAUGUGCAGAUGGAGAUGCUUUGUGAAGAUUUGGCUAAUGCCACUCAACAGCUUGAUCAGCUGACAGAGGACUCCCAAAAACAGGCAGCAAUAUUACAGAUAAUGCAAGAAGAAGCAGAAAAAAAUGCAAUGACCAUUAAAGAACUUCAUGAUCAGCUGAAGGUGAAAGAUGCUGAAAUUCAAGCAACAAAAAGUAAAAACGAACAGAAACUUGGGCAGAUUGAAUCCUUCGGAGACAUUUCUGUUGACAAGCCACAGAGUCCAAGGACACCUUAUAUUUCCCAUGUGGAUCCUGUUCGACCCUUUGAGUCACAACAAGAGAAAUUAGAUGAUCGAAGGGCAUCCGAAGCCACCUUAAAACUGUUAUUGAGUGAGAUGGAAGCAGAAAGGUCAGCCAAGAAUGAACAAAUUCUACAACUCAAGAGCCAGUUAUGUGAAUCAAAGAAUCUGCGUUUGGAAAUGGAUGCUUUAGAGAGACACUGUCGGAAUUUGGAAAGCUCUCUGGAAAAGACACAGAGAAGUGGCAAUGUAACCAACCAGGAGAAUCUGAGUGAUGUCGAGAAGAAAUUAAAAGAAGAAAUGAAGGCCAAGGAAGCAGCAUUACAAAAGCUAGCUGCUGUGGAAACUGAAUUAACGGAGAAAAGAACAACUCUGGAAACUAUUCAGUGGUCAAUUAAAGGGUUUCAGGAAGAAGUGGAGCGGACCAGAAGUUUAGAAGCAAAAGCUUUUAGUGAUAAAGAAGAGUUUCGGUCAGCAUUUGAAUCUGCUUGUGAAGAGAAAGAGAGACUUAUUUGGGAGGUUGAAACUCUUAGGGUGCAAGUGGCCAGCCUUACUGAAGAGAAUGGUAAAUUGGUCGGACACCAGAACUUGCAACAAAAAAUACAACAUUUGGUUAAAGUCAAGAAGGAAAAUGUUCGUCUCCAGGAGGAAGUAAACUUGCUGAAAUUGGAGAACAUGAAACUGAAAGAACUUAAGAAGCAUGAUACGAAUGAAUUUACUUUGCUUGAGAAUUUGUACUGAGGGAAAGCAUGAAAAUGUAGAGCAAUGAUGUGUAAAUGUUAUUUUUCUAUUUUGAGUUCAAGUAGACAAUUUCAAACUUGCUUUUUUUUUAAUCUGUCAACAGCAACCUGAUUUGAAGUAUCAUAUACUGUGCUUAAGGAAAACUGAGUUGAAAUUGUUGAAGUAAUGACUGUUGUGAACCUCAUACUUGGGUAUAGUUGCCUUCCAGAAAGAUUUUUUAAACUAUUAACUUCAAUUACUAAUUGUUGAAGUAUCUCUGAAGUCUCAACCAAGUUGUGCUCUUUCUUCAUACCCAAUGAACAGUUCUUGUCAAUUUUCCUGCCAUUAGAUUAUUGACAUGAACUAUUCUUUAUUUAGCAUUGGUAUCAAAAUGUAUUGUGAUUUUAUUUUUAUACAUCUUUACAUGUUAAUAGCUUUUAUCUUUUGAUUUUAAACUUGGAGAGUAGAUUUCAAUCAGGUUGAUCUACUAGAAUAGCUUGCAGUCAAGACUUGGCAGCUGUCAAAUUCAUAUUUACCAAGCAAUCACCGGAGUAACCUUUUGUGACCUUCCAUCCUCCUACUUCUGUGAUAAUUUUCAGAUUGCUGCAGUUCUCCAACUUGAAAUCCUGAAUUUUCAGCGCAGCACUCCUGACUUUUGAUUUAUGCAAAUAAAAUCUUUUACUGGGCUUGCCUAGUUUUUCUUGAAUUUCACCCCAUAUUUCUCUUCCUGAAAGUGUUAGGUGUGAGAGUAUAAUUAUGAGGGCCAGUAGCCCUGUACAGCCCUGAAUGGAUGUCUGAUAUCUGACCAUAGUGAGUAUGUGGGAAAGUUGUGCCCAGAUUUUCAGUUUCAUUUCCACCACUGUUGCACAAAAUCCAAGGAUUUAAGGCUAAUUAUAGCACCCUGUUGUGAACUUGUUUGGGACCUACUAAUUUUCAUAAGUAAAGGAAUCAGAAUAGUAGAAUGCUGAGCAUUAAUAUUCCUGAAGCAGAAAGUAUGUGUAUAUGUAGUUAAAUAUUCUUGUAUAAAAAUGUUAAAACAAUGUGGGGUUAUCAUUGGCUGUCAUUUUGUGAACUGAAGACAGACAAAAGUACCUCCUACCUCUCGUACUGAAACAAACAAGCAAUUGUGUGAACUAACCUCAGGACUUCUCAACUGAUUCAUUGUUCACCUCCAUCAGAUAAAUUUAAAUGAGCAAAAGGUGUAACAGCAUUUUUCAUUACAUUCCUCAUUCCAUAUAAUGUGAAGCCAGAAACAACUGUAUUUUUUUAAUGAGUGACUUAAGCCAGAUCUAAAUGCAUCUGCCCAAUUGGAUUUCAUGCUAGGCUUAUUAUCUUGGUUGUAACUUCUGUAAGAGCAAUGCCAAAUAGAAUCCAAGCACUUUUGAUGACUGAGGGGGUAGCAUCAAUGUGAUUCAUGUUUGCUGCCUGAUUCUCAGCUGAAACAAAAACAAAGCACAUUAUUGUUAAGAACUUAAAGGAGUAGUGGAGCAUUGUAUGUACAUGCCUAAAAAAGAGAGAGGCACAUUUCAGCACAUUGCCAAUGGUAUAUGACCAAUCUGUACACAAUAAAAGUAUAUUGAUUCUUUUUUUUUAAAUAAAUGAACUUCUGAAAUGAAA